CACUAAAGAUGCGUUGAAUUUGGCGCAUGUGCAGUUAAUGGUCAGUGUAUCGUUCCAGCGUCUUGUGUGGACGGACAAAAGAAGUGUAUCCGAGUCCCGCCCGUGGUUAUAAUGGCUUUAAAGUGCUGUGGCGUAAUCCUGAUUCUAUCAUCUUUUCUCUUUGGGCUGAAAGCAUCAAGACCUGUCUUAAAUCAGGAACUGUCCACUCUUUUCAAUGAGCUGUGGACAUUGGAUGUAAACCGCAUGACCCCAGGCAUAGAUUACACAAUAUCAGUCCAGGGAAAAGCCAGUUUUGUCAGCCCGGGCAGCAAUGUUACACAGGACCACGCCGCACUGCCUCUGUUUUCUAAUGUCAAUGAGCUCAAACUACGGAACGUAACCACCAUCUCCAGGCUGAUCACACUCUUGGACAACUAUGAGCGGUCCAUAGGUGUGGCAGAACAAGUCACAGCAGAGGAGUUGACUGAGAUUAAUCUCUUCCUGGAUGCUGUCUUGAAGACUGAAGUCAUGAAGCGAGCUCACCGGUAUCUGGUGAGUAAACGACAGUCCAGCUCAAACCUGAGGGCCUUCAAGAAUCAGCUGCGUUUGAUCUGGUUCAACUUGUACCACAGACAAAGGAACAUAGGCCCAGACUCCUGUGGAUUUGAACAUGUCUUUGUUGGAGAAACAAAAUCUGGAACAGAACUUGUCGGUUUUCACAACUGGAUUCAGUUCUACCUGCAGGAAAAAAACACACAUCUGGAUUACAAGGGCUACAAAGCCAAAGCUCAUGACCUACCGGACCAGGACGACCAUGUCCUGAACCUCCAGUUCAGCUGGCACGGUGUGAUCAAGCCUGUCGCGAGUGCCUUCAUUGGCACCAGCCCUGAGUUUGAGAUGGCGGUAUUCACCAUUAUCUUCCUGAUGAACACAGAGAGGAGUACCACGGUGUUGGUCAACAUCGACCAGUGUCAGAUAGAGCUGGUGGUCAUCAGACAUGGACGCUCUCUUGGCACCGCGUAUCCCAAACUCAUGAGCAGCAACAGCAGACAUUUGACACAGCACUCACAUUGAAGUGACGUCUGAUUCACGAUGACUGGUCUUGUGUAUUCUGUUUAAUCUUUGACAGUUGUAUCAUGCAUUAAUAUCACAAGAUUGAUGUGCAAAGAUUCGGCCAGGACACGUGUUGUUAUCCAAGUUUGUAACAUAUAUCAUCAUUAACAAUAUAAAUAAAACAACAGACUUAUUAAAAAAAAG